AUGAAGACCAGCAAAUUCGCGCCGAGGACCCCGCUAGAGCAAUUGAAGCAGUCCAAAGCUGAGAAGCUCAAAAACGACAAAGACAAAGCCACUCGACUCAUGGGCCGCCUAAGAUGGAAAGCUGAGCUACUGAUGGUAUCGUACUUCAAAGCCAUGGAGAUCUUACAAUCAUUUGAGCAGCACAAUGGACAUGAUGAGUCGCACAGGGGCCUUGCGAGGCAAGCAGAGUCUAUGUUCAAGAUUGACUUUUUCGAAUUCUACACAUUUCUAGAACGCUUCAUCACGAUCUGUCUAGCUGCAGUUGGUGUUAGUGUAUCAGGUUCAGUACCGCUGGAGAAUUUCAACGCACUUCGAUACAUUACGAACCCGGACUUGCACCGCACGCGCCCGCAAGCCUCGCAUGCAUUCCACGCAAACCUCCUUGAGGCACUCGAUGACGAAAAAUGCCCACUACACAGCUCGCUCGGGACUCAAGAUGCUCGAAUUCAGCUAGGCCUUGCCAAGGACUACCGCAAUGCAUGGAAAGACGCAGACGAGCAGGACGGAACGACGAAUGGAUACACAGACAACGGGGUUGCCACUAAAAAUGUCAAAUUAGCAAGUUUUGAGCUUGGAGCAAUGCUGCGAACACUCAUCAUUGGUUGCCAACACGCAAACGAUGUUGUACAGGCAUAUGGAGGCGCUAUUGUAGAUGUUAGCUCCUUGUCCAGUAUAGACUUUGAGCCUGCGACACACGCGCACGAUGCCAUUGUCAUGAGUAAUGUACCAUACGAGUACAUGGACGAUGCAAUGGAGCUCGACUGA